CGCCAAGGGCCAUACACACGUUCGACUGCACUUUGGCCAUGAGACUGCACUCCAUUCUUUUGGCGUUGCUUGGAAAUCCCACCUCCGUUCGAGCGGAAGACGGCUGGUGGUGCGCACCAGAGCCGGGGAAGUGCCACGGGCACCUGGAGCGGCUGGCGAAACGCGCGAGUGUGCGGAUGGCUGCGAAGCUGGCAGCACCGUAUGUGGUCGACUGGGAUGGCGAUGGAGUGGAAGAUCUGCUCAUGGGCGAUCACAACGGCCUGGUGCGCUACUACUCCAAGCACCCCAACGGCCGCUACUACGUGCGCACUGGGAGUGACAAUCCCUUCCGCUUCAUCGCGCCGGAGAAGGGCCUGACGAACUUGUCGGCCGCCAGCCCGGUGGCGGUGGACUUCGACCAGGACGGCACCCUAGACUUGUUGCUGGCUGUCGCGGGGCGGAUCCAUUACUACCGCCAGUCGGAGGAUGGCACCCUGGCAGAAGUGGAGGCCGCUCGGAGUCCCUUUCGCAACGUCACCUGCAGCUGGGCGUUCUGCCGUUUUCACGCCGCAGAUUGGGAUGCGGACGGGGACAUCGACUUGGUGGUGCCCGCCGGACAGGGCUUGGCGUAUCUGGAGAACGUGGAAGGUGAGCUGGUGCCCAGGACGGGUGCGGAGAAUCCCUUCCGUUACUUCUCCGGUGGCUACGUGGCCAAUCACCGUGGCUGGGAUGGGCUUUACUCAUCACCCUUCAUGGUGGAUUGGGAUGGAGAUGGAGAUCUGGACCUCCUGGUGGGUACAGCUGAGGGUAGCGUGCUGUAUUUCGAGCGGACGGCCUCUGGACGCAUUGUGCAGCUGCAGGGAGAGCAAAGCCCCUUCCAAAGUGCAGCGGAACAAGAAAGCGGAGGGCAAAGGAGCGGUGGCGACCAAGCCCAGACCCAAGUUGAUAUGCAGGUGGGGACACAUUACUAUCCCUCAGUCCAUGCGGCCUUCCGCAGCGGCCACCCUCGGAUGGAACUCUUUAUCGGUGAUGUGGAUGGGAAGGUGACCCUCUAUGCGCGCGAACAAAAUCAACAUUUGACACCGCAAUUGGGCGCCUCCAAUCCCUUCUAUGCCUUGGGUCUUCUGACCUCAGCGGUGCCAGCCUGGCCUUUGAUCGAUGAGAACAAGGACCGGUACCUGAUGUUCCAAGAGGCCAACGUGUCGUCCAACAUGAUUGGAAGGGCGCGGGUCCAAGUCUUCCAAGAGCUCAAGAACCACAGUUUGAUCAACAUCACCACCACGGGCACGCCUUUAGCGGCCAUCGGCGCUCGAUGGCUACAAGCAGGCGAGCCAGUGGACGUUGACUUCAACAAGGAUGGUCAAGUGGACCGUUUGACCAUUUGGCCUGAUGGGCGGAUUGCCUAUGAGGAGCGCAAUGCUCAAGGGGUGCUGGUGCUGAAGGAAGGCCCAGAAAGCCCCUUUGAUGGUUUGAAUUUGGACAACGGGCUGGCCGAUGGCAAAGUGACCGGUUUUUUGCCCAUAGAUUGGAACCAUGAUGGGAACAUGGAUUUGCUCGUUGGCGCUUGGGGUCCACGUCAUUUGAAGUACUUCCAAGCAGGCUGGUGCAAGGUCAAAGCGCCCUGUAGCUUGAAGGGUAUCUGUGGGGCUGAUGGCUAUUGCACCUGCAUGAGCGGAUAUACACUGAACGAUUGCUCGGGCUGUCGUCGUGGCUACUUCACCAAGAUUUCCCCACUGGCCGAUUUGGUGCAGUACAGCUGUGCUGCGUGCCCGGGCAAAGGGAGCGACGCUGGGCUUUGCAGCUUCAGAGGUCUUUGCUCCGAUGAUUUCCACGCCAAAUCUGCAUAUGAGGAGCGAAACCGGCUGCAGAAGAGCAUGCUGGCUGGAAAUGGGACAUGCACGUGCAGCACAUUCUUUCAUGGCAAGGAUUGCUCACUGGGCUUAUGCCCUGCAGGAUAUGAGUAUGACGACGCGCUCCUGGUGGCCGAGUGCGUGCCAUGCCUACCGGGCUUUUACACGAGUUUGGACUCCAACCAGGAGAGAUGUGAGAGGUGCCCGGAAGGAAGCUUCACCAGUGAGCGUGGCACCAGCGCAUGCUCCUUGUGCCGCGGCAGGCUGUUGCUCUACGCGGCCAAUGAGGAGAAGACCGCCUGUCGCUCCAAUUUGGUCACCAAUUUGCCCACGUUUUUCGCCGUGCUGCUGUGGAACUUGAUGAUCUUCCUCAUACCCUUGGCCUGUGGCAUGCCCUUUAUCGUGCAUGACAUCCGCCGCACCCUGGGACGAGAUGGCCUGGUGCGAGUGACCACGAACAGGCAUUGGAUCCUGCACAAGGCGGUGAAAGUGCGUUUCACGGGCACUGGCGUGCCACAGCUGGACCGUGCAGGCUACGCCUACCGCGCGCGGGUGCACACCAGCCGGGAGGUGGAAUUGGUCACCGCCAAGUGCCGUUCACCGGUGGUGGAGGCAAUGGCUUCUUCCUCGGGGCAAGUGCAGGUGUUCUGGCGCCAUGCGAUUGCCUUCACAGGCGUCUUAGGUGUGCCCUUCUCUUUGUGGUUGGUGCUGCUGUUUGUGCUGUACAUUGCCUUCUUGGCCAUCUUUUGGGAGCAGUACGAGCGCCCCAUGUUGGCGUGUGUCUUUCACCUGGCCUUGGGCGCGACCAUUGCGAUCUUGGGACACUGGCUCCGUUGGCAGACCAUUUCCCAAACGCAGAUCAUUCAGGAUGUCCAGGUCUUCGAUCGUCAGCUCCGGCGGCGCUUUCCUCGGCCCAUGACCUGUGAAAAGGGUCCUGCAAGGGCGAUUGAGCCGCAGCAACUGCUGAGAUUUCUGGACUUCUUCCGGAACCACAUAGGCAAUCGAACGACCUACUAUGUGGUGCACAACAUCAUUCUGCCCCUCACGGAGCCCUAUCGCUUAUCCUAUGCGGAGGUGGCUGGACCUUCCACGUGUCACCGGCGAUGGUUCGUGAGCCACUAUUGGGGCACCGACUUCGCACAUCUGGUGUCGAGUGUCGAACGACAUUCACAAGACUGUUCGACUGACUUCACCGAGAAGUAUCCCUACUGGAUUUGCACCUUUAGCAACAAUCAGUGGGCCGUUUCCGAGGAGCUUGGUGACAGCUACUUGGAGUCUUCCUUCUACCAGGCUUUGCGUGGUAAGGGGACCUUGGGCACGGUUAUGGUCUUUGAUGAAGAAGCCAUGCCGUUGACUCGCUCCUGGUGCUUGUUCGAGCUCUUGCAGACGGUGCUUCUGCGCGGCAGCAGCCAUGACUUCAAGGGCCUCAUGCUUUGUUCUCCGCUGGGCACGAUGAACACAGGGAAGGGAAGCCUGGACCUUGCCAUGAAUGUGAGCAACAAGCUUGCAAAAUUGGACCUGGAGGCUGCUGAGGCCAGCAACCGAAGUGACAAAGACAUGAUCGACAACCUUGUGAGACAGGAGGGUGGCUUUGAACAGAUCAACGAGUUUCUAGUCGAUUCCAUCUCCGAGGUGCUUCAUAAGCUGCGCGAACAAUUCACCCGCAACAUCGAUAGCCUGGAAAAAGAUCUCGCCCGGAAGAUGAAUCGUGCUCAGAUCGAGCGCGCGCGAACACAGCUGAGCCUUCAACACCGAAGAUCCAUGCCACCGCCUUCCAGGCCACUGGGCUUCUCCAUUUCGGUGCCACAGAUGGUCGCCUCACCCUCGACGACGCGUGCUUCACCUGUUCGAGUGCUGAACCUCCCAUGGCCAGCGAUGAGACUGAUCAAUGUGGGAAGCACCCCAUGAGCAUUUCUGGCCAAAGGAUGCCAGUCAUACAUCCAGUCAUUUUCCGUCAGACCCAGGCUUAGAUCGAAUUGGAAUGAAUUUGAUUGGUCCUUGUACAGUACCAUCGAGUAAACCAGGCACCAUCGAGUUUGGGAGCCACGCCGCACAACUGCUGCUGCUUCGCCGCUUCGCCGAAACGCGGCAAACAAAAACAACACCCGAAGGAGCGCGGGAAUUGAGAGGAUCCAAUGGAUUUCAC